AUGCACCCCGGCUGGGCCGACACGGAGGGCGUGCGGACGUCACUGCCAGGCUUUGCGGAGGCGAUGGCGGCCCGCAUGCGGACGCCGGCAGAGGGGGCCGACACGAUCGUGUGGCUGGCCCUGGAGGACGCAUCGAAGCUGGAGCCCGGGGCCUUCUACCUUGACCGCGUCCCGCAGGCAAAGCACCUGGCGCUCUCUGGCACCAAGUACGACGCCCCGCGGGCGGCGCAGCUGGUCGAUAAGCUGCUGGGGCUGGCAGGCCUGGGCGGCGCAGACGGCGGCGCGGGCGGGGGCGAGGGCGCACCGGAGGCGUCCGCUGCGCGGGCCGGCGCCACGGGGGGCGGCGCCGGCGGGUGA